AUGGCCUCUCCCAGAAAAAUUCAUCCCGCCACUUUGAUUACUAACAUUAAAACAAACGUGCCUAUCCAACUUGAUGAAGAUGGUUCCAAUUUUGAUACUUGGGUCACUUUAUUCAAGCUUCAUUUUAGAGCUCACCUUGUGGAUUCUCAAAUUCUUCGCGAUGACUCCUCUAAAGCAUUAGUUUCUAAAGAUUCUGAAUGGCAACGUCUUGAUGACAUUGUUCGCACAUGGAUUUAUGGCUCUAUUAGUCCGUCUCUCCUUCAAUCCAUAGUUCGUCCCAAUGAUUGUGCCUUUGAUGCUUGGAAUCGUCUUGAGAACAAUUUUCAAAAUAAUAAGACCUCUCGAAUUCUUCAUCUUGAGUCUCAAUUUAAUGACAUUUCUCUAUCCAAUUUUCCCAAUGUGAAAUCUUAUUGCAAUGAACUUGAAACUAUUGCUACUUCUCUUACUAAUCUUGGCACUUCCAUCUCCGAUAAUCGAUUGGCUCUCAAAGUUCUUCAUGGCUUGAUUUUGGAAUACAAAACUUUUCGGUCUUUGGUUCAACAUAUGAAUCCUAUUCCCUCUUUUGAUACUCUUCGUUCUAUGUUAGAAUUGGAAGAGCGCUCCAAUUCGGCCCUUAUUACCACAAACAAAGCUUCUUUCUCAGAAAAUUCCGCUCAUUUUAACAACCGCGGCCCUCCCCACCACCGUGGUGGCCUCCGUCACUCUAGUCGUGGUGGUCGGACCCACCGUGGCAACCACCCUGGCUUCGCCAGUUCUUCUAGCCACUGGCAGCCACAUUCCAGGCCCAUUUUUCUUUUUCAUUCUCGGCCCAACAUAACCCCUUCUGGCCAACCCUCCUUUCCCUCUUAUUCUUCCCCUUCUUGGCCUUACUGGGCCGUACAGAAUUCGGCCCAGCCUGCUGCUCCCUUUCCCACUACACCUUGGGCUCCUUCUUCUCAAAGCAAUGCACCUUCUGCUGGUCUUAUUGGUCCUCGACCGGUACAAAGUUAUCACACUAGGACUAGUGCUUCUAUAAAUUAUAUUCCUACGACAUCGAUCAUGCCAUGA